AUGGCGGCCAUUGGCAUGCCCCCACACAUUUUGGCCUUGUUUCAAGCACGCCCUCCUCUGGAGCCUUUGCCUGCCUUCAAGAAAAAGAACACCAGAGGGUACGUAGGCGUCGCAGAUUAUGUGUGUAAGUUUGAGAGCGGGCCGCCUCCUCCGCCAGUGCCGUACGAAACUCCGAAGCAGAGGCUGCUGCGCCAGAAACGUGAGCGCCUCCUGUCGCAUCUGUCAAAGCAGAAAGAGCUCAUCAAGCAGUACAACCCCAAGGACGACAAGAAGCUGACCGGGGACCCUUUCCGCACGCUUUUUGUCGGAGGCAUCAGCUACGACACGACAGAGAAAAAACUCAAGCGUGAGUUUGAGCAGUACGGGUCCAUCAAGAAGGUACGUCUCAUCUAUGACCGCAAUGGCAAGCCGCGUGGAUACGGCUUCAUUGAAUUCGAGAACGACAAGGACAUGAAGGAGGCCUACAAAAAUGCAGACGGACGCAAAAUCGACGGCCGCAGAGUUCUCGUCGACGUCGAGAGAGCCCGCACAGUUCCCGGGUGGCUGCCCCGCCGCCUGGGAGGAGGGCGAGGCAAACCGCGGGGAACCAACACGAAACCGAAGAAGCCGCCAAUGACGGCUGGGCACCUCCAGCUGUCGCUGCUGCCGCCGUUGCCUGCUGCCCCCGACCCUGCGGUCCUCAUGGAGAAGAAGAGGCGCGACGAAGAACGCAGAAGAGAGAGGGAGAGGGAACGCGGACGCAGCAGGAGUCGCGAGCGAAAGGAACGCAAAAGGAGCCCUGGCCGCGACAGAAGUCGGAGUCGGGAAAGGAGGCGGUGA